AGUAUGAUCGGUUCCCCAGACCUGAUGGCUUUCACAAGGGGGGACGAGUAUGAUGAGCCCGCCAUGAGGGUCUCACCCGGGCUGCCGGAGGAGUAUUCGGUGCCCCUCUUCCAGUACUCGGAGGCAGAGAGCAGCCCUUGGUCCCGCCUUUCCGGAGCCAAAUUCAGCCGCGACUUCGUCCUCAUCUCCGAAUUCUCUGAGCAAGUGGGGCCGCAGCCGCUGCUGACCAUCCCCGACGACUCCCGUGUCCGCGGCACCUUUGACCUGAACUACUUCUCCUUGCGUAUCAUGUCUGUGGACUACCAGGCCUCCUUCGUCGGGCACCCACCGGGUUCCUCCUACCCCAAACUCAACUUCGUCGAGGACUCCAAAGUCGUUCUGGGCGAUUCCAAAGAGGGAGCCUUCGCCUACGUCCAUCACCUGACCCUGUACGACCUGGAGGCCCGCGGCUUCGUCCGACCCUUCUGCAUGGCUUACAUUUCCACCGACGAGGAGAAGAUCAUGCAGCAGUACCUGGAGCUCUCUGGGGACUUCUCCAAAGCAUCCGACUGCCUGAAGACGGGCAACCGCAAGGCCUUCGCCAACGAGCUGGAGAAGAAACUCAAAGACUUGGACUAUACCCGGUCGGUGCUGUUGGCGGAGAUGGAGGAUCAGCAGAAGACUGACGACAAGGGCUUUUACACGACUCAGGCCAUCGAGAAGGCCAACGAGUUGGGCAACGUGGAAAAGUCCAUCAUUGAGCACCAGGAUUUGCUGAAGCAGGUCCAGCUGUAUCCCUACCGGCAUCUAAAAGGCGAGGAUUACCAGCCCUACGUGCCGGAAAGCGUCCAUGAUGAAGCGGCAAACGGCACAUCCGAACCGGUGGUAGCUUCUGACCAUGAAGAGAACGACGAUGCUGAAGAAUUUACUCCGGGACCUUCUUACACUCCCAAGUUCAUAAAGGCGAAGUCUUCCAAAUGUUUCGAUAAAAAAUUGAAAACGUUAGAGGAGCUCGUGGACGUUUAUUUCUUCACGCAGACCAUAGACCUGCUGACCGGCAUCGAGAAAAGAUACAGAGGCGACGUCAGCUAUUUGUUGAUGGGCCACCGCGACCGAGCUCUGUUGGAGCAGCAGACUAUAGUCAACUUUUUGUUCGAAGAUGCGUCAGCCUGGGAUUCGAAGCUAGUCGAUCGGCAGUAUUCGGACAACUUGUUGCCCGCUCAGACUAUACCAAGCUCCGGUCAAGAACCUGAAAACCUCAAGCCUUCAGUGAGCUUGGAAUCCUACAAGUCCAGCGUGGAGUCUGUCCAUAUUAAAAUCGAGCAGGAGUUGUUUAACAAUGACGAAGACGGGGAGGUCACCGAGUCAUCCGCCUGUGAUAACCCAGGGAACAUGGACUGUCUCGAUGUGGAUACUAAAGGGAGCAUAAGCAGUGGCGAAAGCAUUGAGGUCUUGCAGACCGAAAAGUCCACCGUGCUGAUCCAUUCGGAGAGCCAGCCGUGCGUGGGGUUCAAUACUAGUCCUCAGCCUCCCAGAAGAAAAGCCGGCAGCAGGCGAACCAUCAGCGAGGACAGCAUAGAAGUCCUCAGCACCUGUCCUUCCGAAACUGUGAUCCCUGAAGAUUUUCGGGCAACGUACCAAAUAGCCAUCAAUGAAGAAGACCCCCUUGUGGAAGAUUUAGAUAGGGAGCAGCAGGUCGAGCGAGGCUCUCCAGAAGCAGAUCCCUUCGAGAAUGACGAAGCCGAGAAUGAUUUGGCUAUGGAGCCUCCAUGUUGCAUCCGGACAGACAGCUCAAGUCCAGAGGAUCAGACUGGAGACCUCGUUCCUGAACAGUUUGAUGACGGCACGGUGGUUAGCACCCCACCACAGCCAUGUAAAAACAUGGGCCAGAACUUUGGUCAGGUGAAGUUCUCAAUUGAUCAUGUAGAAAACGCUUGUAGCGAACCAGUGGCGGCUCCGGAAUCCAGUUACUUGUUGAGCAGCAAAGAUGCCGAGAAAAUCACACUGGACGAGUACUCGGACUCGACCAGUUAUAGAAGUAGCGCGUCAACGUGCUCUGACCGGACGCCUUCCCCGCCUCCUGUCAUCACUGUCACAGACAGGCAGAAGCGGAGAGCUGGCCAAAAUGCGCUAAUGUUCAUCAGACAGUACCCCUUUUCCCAUCCCGCCAUCUAUUCUAUUUUGAGUGGGAGGACUCUUGUGGUCCUGGGUGAGGAGGAGGCCUUCGUGAAAAGACUAGUCACUGCUUUGUCUCUGUUCGUCCCUAACUAUGGACAUGUUGCCAAACCGAUAAAGCCAUGGGUGACGUCGCCUCUACACAUCAUGGAUUUCCAGAAGUGGAAACUGAUUGGGCUUCAGAGAGGGGUCACCUCGUCCGGCUGCAACACCCUCCAUUCUUUGAACCGCUACAGCCGCUACGUCAGCAUCUUGGACGCCGACAACAAAACUCUCCGUUGCCCCGUGUACAGGGGAAGCCUCCUGCCCCGGCUGGCUGACCACCGUACUCAAAUCCGAAAAGGCAUCACCUACUACAUGCACGUACAGAGUAUGCUGAGCCAGCUCAGCGCCAAAGCCUUCAUUUUCACCUUCUGCCAACGAGUCCACCUGGCCACGGAGGAAAAGGAGAGUGAGGAGUCUAUCGCACAGCGUCGGUCUGACUUCCUCCACCAGCGGCUUGGCCUGUCUCAGGAGGACGCUAGAAUAGUAGAAUACCUCUCGGAGCUCCUGAAAAUGCAUUACCUAAGGGAAUCGGGGACGCAGCUCCUUCCUGUGCUCAGGUUCGACUAUAUCCCGAGCUUUUUAUACAAAAUUUGACCGCUGGGGCGGCAAUGUAGAAGUAUAUCCUCCCGGGGAGACUUGUGGAUGUCUAAACGACUCUUGAAGCAUGAUUAUUUUGCACCAUAAGCUGGAACAGAGUUUAUAUAUUUUUUUUCCUUUGGUUGUCCUACUUCAAUGUUGUGUAUUAUUUUUUUGCUGUCUCAGUGCAUCGUACUACUGAGGGCCUGGGCUCGACGCACCCAAAUGGUAUCUGUCGGAGAAACAGUAACUGGAUUCAGGGUCGGCAGAGAAGAUAUCGGGGUUGAGGCCAAGCUUGCUUUUAUUUAUGUCAUAAUCAAUUACAUGUAGGACAAAGGAUCCCGUUUCAAUGUCUGUGCACUAA